AUGUGACUGUCAGUCAGGUCCUUCCGGUCAGCAGACGAAGACGUGUCUGGGCGUGGCAGGAACCGAAUGGUCCUGUACUGGCGUGACUAGGCCCAGAAAACUGCCUCUGGAAGGCGGAGGUGGGCGCUCAGAAACUUGCUUAAAAUGGAGGUGUUAAGGAUUACGGAAAAAUGAAGCGAGGACACAUGGGAAAGAGAGAGCCUUGAACGGCCCCGCUCGCGGUAGCGAGUGGACAGGCUGCAUGUACAGUCAGCGCCCCCCAUGAGCCGUUGCCGGUCUGCCUUGCAAUAUUCAGCACACCCUCUGAAGCAGACACGUCCGCCAGCUCCCUCCAGAGGGCUCCGGGACCAGGCCGGCAGGGUGUCUCCCCGCCGCCCCCCAGCCAUCUCUUGAAGCACUUUACACUCCCCAGUUCAUGUUUCCCCCGUGAACUCCACAAAGGCAAGCAGCGAGCUUUCCGCACAGUUGCCCACUAGCUGUACUUGGGCAUCGGCUGCGAAUGGGCGAGAGCUUCAUCUACUAGGGACACAGGAGGGACCGUGAGCCUCGCCCAUCAAUCAGUCUUGGCCUGAAUCGGUAGCCCAGCCUAGCCAGUGCCCCCUUGGCCGUUCCACCUUAAACCGCGUAGCCCAAGUCCCCGCCCAUUGCCGCCGGGUCCCAGCAUCCACCGCGCGCCCGCUGACUCUGGGCUUCGCUGCCCCAAAUCUUGGGGCUAUGGAGCCCCGGGCGGUGGCGGAUGCAGUGGAGAAUGGAGAGGAAAACGUGAUAACGGAAGCUUUGAGAACGUACAACCAGGAGCACUCGGAGAGCUUCACCUUUGACGAUGCCCAGCAGGAAGAUAGGAAGAGACUUGCAAAGCUGCUGGUGUCUGUCCUGGAGCAGGGCUUGCCACUUUCACACCGUGUCACCUGGCUGCAGACUGUCCGAAUCCUGUCCCGGGACCGUAGCUGCCUGGCUCCAUUCACCAGUCGCCAGAGCCUGCGCGCACUAGCCUCCUAUGCUGACUUAUCUGCCUGUGAGGGGUUCCUUUCAGAGGCCCCUGACAUGGAUGUCGUGCUCGAGUCCCUCAAGUGCUUGUGCAACCUUGUGCUCAGCAGCCCCGUGGCACAGGCACUUGCUGCCGAGGCCCAUCUUGUGGUGAAGCUUACAGAGCGUGUGGGGCUGUACCGCAAGAGGAGCUUCCCCCAUGAGGUGCAGUUCUUUGACCUACGGCUCCUUUUCCUGCUAACCGCGCUGCGUGUUGAUGUGCGUCAGCAGCUGUUUCAGGAGCUGCAUGGCGUGCACUUGUUGACUGAUACACUAGAGCUGACGCUGGGAGUGACCCCUGAAGAGAGCCCCCCUGAAGUCCUUCCUCCCCAAGAGACUGAGCGGGCCAUGGAGAUCCUCAAAGUGCUCUUCAACAUUACCUUUGACUCCAUCAAGAGGGAGGUAGAGCAGGAAGAUGCUGCCCUUUAUCAGUACCUGGGGACCCUUUUGAGGCAGUGUGUGAUGAUUGCUGCUGCUGGAGACCGCACAGAGGAGUUCCAUGGCCACACAGUGAAUCUCCUAGGGAACUUGCCCCUGAAGUGUUUGGAUGUCCUCCUCACCCUGGAUCUACACGAAGGCUCUUUGGAGUUCAUGGGAGUAAACAUGGAUGUGAUCAGUGUCCUCCUUGCCUUCCUAGAGAAGCGCCUACAUCAGACCCACAGGCUGAAGGAGAGUGUGGCUCCUGUGCUAACCGUGCUGACUGAGUGUGCCCGCAUGCACCGUCCAGCCAGAAAGUUCCUGAAGGCCCAGGUGCUGCCACCCUUACGGGAUGUAAGGACUCGACCAGAGGUGGGGGAGCUACUUCGGAACAAAUUGGUUCGCCUCAUGACACACCUGGACACAGAUGUGAAGAGGGUAGCAGCCGAGUUCCUCUUCGUCCUGUGCUCUGAGAGUGUGUCCCGGUUCAUCAAGUACACAGGCUACGGGAAUGCUGCUGGCCUUCUGGCUGCCAGGGGCCUCAUGGCAGGAAGCCGGACUGAGGGGCAGUACUCGGAGGAAGAGGACACAGACACAGAUGAGUACAAGGAAGCGAAAGCCAGCAUCAACCCAGUGACUGGCAGGGUGGAGGAGAAGCCACCUAAUCCUAUGGAGGGCAUGACAGAGGAGCAGAAAGAACAUGAGGCCAUGAAGCUGGUGAACAUGUUUGACAAACUCUCCAGGCACCGAGUCAUCCAGCCCAUGGGGAUGAGUCCCCAGGGACACCUCACAUCCCUGCAAGAUGCCAUGUGUGAGACCAUGGAGGGGCAGCUCUCCUCAGACCCAGAUUCAGACCCUGACUGAGGAUGGUGGUUCCUCUGCUCUACCUUCAGAACUGGUGCUGCUUUAAGAAACAUCCUUGGGGCUGCAGCCUUGGGAAGCCCAGCACCUCUCCAGCUGGAGUCCCUUUCUCUUCACACUCCAAGUUCUGCUUGUGAUUUGCCUCUAGUCCUAUUUCUUAUCUUUAGGACGGCAAUGGUCUUGUGCUGCUGUAGAUCUGGAAACUUGGCCCUGGUUUCUACAGGUGAGGCUGACCUGAGCAGGGAACUUCUGAUGUGAGCCCAUCUGGUACACUGGUAUGCUGUAUUUCACAGGGGAAGGGAUGGUCUAGAACUUUACAGUCCACACACUGGGUGCAAGGUAGUAUCUUAUUAUGUAUCCACCAAAUGAGGCCAGUCAUCCUUCUGCAUUCCCCUAGAUCCUGCCUCAGCCACCCACCAGUGUCCACAUACCCAUAUUCUCAUUGGCUGUGACACCUGAAUAUCAAUCCUAUCCACAGUCUGUGGUUCAGACUAAAUACUUAUAUGAAGGAAAAUGGCCCUCGUGAGACCAUAAGAUGAAAUCUUGAGAUGUCCAAGAGUCCAAGAAACACCUUAGAAUAAAGAAGAAUUUUGCA